AUGUCGAACCCGCUAGCUAAGGACUUUGGUAACAACUCACAAGAAGAAGAUAUCUCAGAUGGUGCAAAUAGGGGAACUAAGAAAGAAGACUGCCAUACCAGUAGAGACCCGCCCCUGCUUAAUGUUAAACUUCCCCGCAUGAAUGAUAUCCAAUCACCAACAAAGGAUCGGAAUCAUGCACGCCUUCCUGUCGACAUUUUGUUACUGACUGUAAAGGACUGUGAGUUCUUAGCUUGUUAUAUGCACCUAAACAAUCCAUUCAGAUGUUGGUUCGAUGGUCUAGGUUUUGUUUACUUCGAGGACGAGAAUGAAGGCCAAGAAGAGAAAGUAGCAGUUGCUUUAUUGCGAUGUCAUGAAGGUUCUAGUGGUCCGGGAGGCUCCAUAGUAACUACAAAAAAUGCUGUCUCAGCGCUUAUGCCCAAAGGAGUUAUGUUAGUGGGAACGUGCAGUAGCCUCCGUCCUGAGGAAACCAAAUUGGGUGAUGUUGUAAUUUCUGCCAAAUUGACAACAUAUGGAUUGAAGGUAAUGACAAGCGAUAAAGAGCUGCGCAAUAAUAUAAGAACGUUUGCCAGCAAACGAUUUCUUGAUCUCAUUAAGGAUUCAGCUCUUGGCUGGGAAACUCCUUUAGAGAACUUGGAAGAUCGAAAAGGCAAAAUUCAUAGCAGUGGUGAGCUGUUGAGCGUUCCAGAGGUAAUCAAGACAGAAUUGCGGCGUAAACAGUUGGCUGAAACCUUUCCCCUGGCAGUGGCCGUUGACACCGAAGCCGAAGGUAGUGAAAUCCCGGGCGGGGCGGAGGGGGGCGGGGGAAGGGGGCGCUGGGGUGUUAAGGCGAAAAAAAGAAAAAAAUCGGUCGCCCUUAGCAACGCGUCCUCUUUAAUUCCCUUAGGGGCAGGUUUAAAAACGAGCACGAGAUUUAUUUAACUAGCGCGCAAGCAAACUUGAUUGAAAUGGCAAUGCGAUCGUCGCCCUCCAAGAUCGUCGCUUCAUCCAAGGCGAUCGUCGCGACUUCGAUUUUGUCGAAAACACCUAGACAGAGGCUCACCUUUUCGAUAAUCUGUUCAACCUUCUAGGUUUUUAAAAAUUUUCAAGUUUUGAGAACGCACCUUUCGAUUUGAUAUCCUGACAUUUAUUUCAUUUCUCAGCUAUACUCAAUGGUCCCAUUUAUGAGUGGUGCCGCUGUUUCUGUUGCAGGACUUCACACAGCUGCAUUUGACCUCCAAGUUGAAUGGCUCGUUGUAAAGGGAAUUGCUAGUUAUGCAGAUGGCAGAGAGAGCACAAAUGAAAAAUGGAGCGAAUUUGCAAGUGCCAAUGCCGCUUCUCUAGUUGCCAAGAUUUUAAAUGAUGAUGUUGUCUUCAAAAGAUGGCCUCAUUAUCAAGGAAACGAUGAUAAUUUUAUCAAAGGUAGGUUCGUUUAGUAUACACAAUAUAUAAUAUAGUGUCCACUUUUAUAUUGUGCUAUUGAUACUGACGUAAAAAUAUCUUGAAAAACCCAAGGAAAUUCUGAGGGGGAUUUUUUCUCCAUAAAAAAAACAGCUUAAAAUGGAGAAGCAAGGAAGAAAUGAGAUAAUGCUGAAGUCUUUAAAUAUUCACUUAGUAAAUCUUUGCGUAUCCACGGGUAAAAGUAGUCAGCACACAGGUUUGUUUUAUUAAUGCAUACCAGAGCUGGGUACACAUUAGCCUGCCUAUCAGGUCUUUCUUAGGGUUUUCGGGGAGAGGAGAUCUUAGAUGGGGGAGGGGAGAAAGAGGAAAGUAGGUUUCUAUCCCUUUGCUCUACCUCCUUUUCGCUUUUCUCUUUUCCUUUCCUCCAGAAACGCCUCAUAUUCAGGCUGGGCACAUAUUAUCAUCAUCCUAAUAUUGACUAGGGUUAGUCAGUUCGCAUUGAAGUAAAAUAAGUAAAUGUACCUUUGCCUGAAUUCAAAUAAAGCGGUUACUGAAUAAAUCGCUUCAUAAGCACUUGAUUUUCGUUUGGACUUUCCCAUAUUUAAGUUACUUCCAAAUUAAAUUAAAUUUCCAUCCUUAUAUAAUUAUAGUUGGUCUUUAUUUUUGUUUUUCACUUUUUUAAUUUUAAAGACCGUCAAAGUAAUAGUUAAAGUUUCAUCGUUUCUUUGUGUUCGCCGCUGUUACCAAAAAGUGCAAAUCAAAUUUGACUGUUAUUCUUUAUUAUUUACGUCUAAAGGUGUGAGACCAUCGCCAUUGGCAACUUCCCUCCCUAAGAUGGUUCUUAAUUUUACCGGGCGUCAAAGCGAAUGCAAGGAGAUUAUGGCUCACUUGGCGUCUGAGUCUACCCAGCUCGUGACGAUCUGGGGUUCACCUGGAUUUGGAAAAACAUCUGUUGCAAUUGCGGUGGGACACGAUCUCCAACACAACGGAAUGCCGGUCUGUUGGUUGUCCUUACGAGGUCUGAGGUCAAAAGCAGCUCUGUCCUCAGAGAUUCUUGGCUGUUUCAGGCAACCUGUCAUAAAUGAUCAGCUCUUGUUUUCGCGUCUUUCCCCUGAUAAUCAGCUUUGUAAGCUCUUAAGCGAAAUUUCGGAACGAUCUCUUUUCAUUCUUGAUAAUGCUGACGAUUGGUUGAAAAGUCGUGACCUAGAAGUGAAGGAAGGUGUUUUACAACUCAUUGAAAAAAUUCUCAGGUGCAAUGAAAGGUUGACAAUGCUAGUAACAACGAGGGAGUCUUUAGAGUUUAUGAAGGUACAAUUUCAAGGCUACAAGAGUGUAAGGAUAAGAACAUUAGAGGAAACCCGUGCUCAGACCUUAGUUCAGGAAUUACUUUCAAACGCCAGUUCUCUAUACUAUCGGCGAAUGACAGAAAUCUGUGGCUUUGUACCCUUAGCAAUUAAAUUAUUGUGCUCCUCGGUUUCUGAAUAUAAGGGUCAACCUACCCAAUUCCUUGAUGAAUUCCUUCAGCACUCCGCUUCAGCGAGUAUUAUCGAGAUGUUAGAUAACCCAGAUUAUCCUCCCAAUCUCAGACUGAAAUUUCUUUUUUCCUCAUCUUUCCAAAGACUGAAUGGACAUGAACAAGAAGCACUAGUGUCGUUGAGUAUUCUCCCUGAUAAUUUCGGUAGUGAGGUUGCCGCUGCCGUUUUGGGUAAAAACACU